UUGUUCCACUAACCUUCAUGUGCACGUCAUGACAAAUACUUGAGAUGUAAGGCCGAACUCUGAGCGACCAUUUAAAUGGCACGUCUCCAUGGCGUCACCAGAAUGUUGAAAGCAGCGUAACGUUCUGAUUCAUGUCACAAACCAAAAGCCAAGCUGCAGAAUUCCUUUUCACAGUCGGACAAAUUCCAAACCUUUGAGAGAAACUGCACCUUUUUCUGCCCUGCGAUCACCUCCGUCGACAAUCUGGUCAAGGUUUUACAAGCCUCAUGGCUCCUCCCAAGAGAACAAACUCCAUCAUGCAGUGGCAUGAAAAUGAGAGGCUUGGCAUUCACUGUAAUACCGUAGAAGUCUGCAGCUGCCACUCCCGGAUGCUGGCGAUAGAGAGAGUUCAGCAUGCCGACACGGUUGCCCUCGUCGAGCGCCUAGAGAGGCUAUGUGACUCUGUGAUGGCCAGGAACAACGCUGUUCUGAGGAGACUGGCCCGCUCCACCCGGCAGAAACAAUCUCCCUCGCUUCAGCUCCCGGCCCUCCAGUCAAAGUACUCCGAAUCCCCCUGGAGACGAGCGAGCAUCAGGGAAACCUGCCGCUUUCCCCCUAUAAAUGGGAAGCAGAAAAGCCGCCCCAACAAGGCCCUGGAUGAGCCCUUCUUUCACAUAAAGCUCCAACAGGGGAGUCAGCUGGAGGCGCUGCCCUGGGAGACGACUGAAACUCCGAGUCGCGCUGGAAAGCCAUGCCCCAACGCUUUGGUUAAAUCUGUGGACACCAUGGACACCUACACUCUCAGUGAGCUCACCUCCGUUUCACUGAACCCAUAUCUACCAUUGACGCCGUCUUGUCUUCCUCUAGCCCCACCAAAUGGCGCAUCUCGAUUCCCAGUGAAAAUCAAAGGAGCGGAACCAGGUCAGAACGUAGUUGGAUGCAAACAGCAUUCAGUUUCAGCCAAAGAGGAGCAGGUGAUAAAAAGACAGAAUCAAUUCCUGCUUAUCCACCAAGUCCCAUCUAAAGCUUCAGCUGAUCUUGGAGAGACACUUAAAGUUUCUGCACUGCCUCUUAAAGCUGCACCACUUCCUAAAUCUGCACUUCUCCCCAAAGCUGCACCUCUUCCCAAAGCUGCGCCUCUUCCCAAAGCUGCGCCUCUUCCCAAAGCUGCGCCUCUUCCCAAAGCUGCGCCUCUUCCCAAAGCUGCGCCUCUUCCCAAAGCUGCGCCUCUUCCCAAAGCUGCGCCUCUUCCCAAAGCUGCACCUCUUCCCAAAGCUGCACCUCUUCCCAAAGCUGCACCUCUUCCCAAAGCUGCACCUCUUCCCAAAGCUGCACCUCUUCCCAAAGCUGCACCUCUUCCCAAAGCUGCGCCUCAUCGUAAAGUCACAAUUGUUCAAAUAGCUGAACCUCCUUCAAAUGUAGCGCCUCCUUUUGCAGCUGCACCUCAUCGUAAAGCCCUGCCUCCUCUUAAAUCCACAGCUCUUCAUAUAGCUAAUGCUGCACCUCUUCCCAAACUGGGAAGUUUGAGAAGAGGUGCAGCACCUAAAUCUGCACCACCUCCUAAAGUGGCAACUCUUCAUGCAGUUGCACCUCUUCCUAACAUCGUUCCUUCUCUUACAGCUGCACCUCUUCCCAUAGCAGCACCUCAUCCUAAACCUGUACCUCCUCCUAAAGCCACACCUAAAGUAACAAUUCUUCAUAUAGCUGCACCUCCUCCAAAUGCUGCACCUCUUCUCAAAGCGGCACAUCAUCUUAAAGCCAAGCGUCCUCUUAAAGCCCUUCCUCAUCUUAAAGCCACACCCCUUCAUAUAGCUGCACUUCCUUCUAAUGCUACACCUCUUCCCAAAGUUGCACCUUUAAGUACAGCUGCACCUCCUCCUCAAGCCCCUCCUCUUACAGUUGCAGCUCUUUCCAAAGUGGUAUCUCCUCCUAAUGCCACACCUCCUCUUCUAGAUGCACCUCCUCUUCUAGAUGCACCUCCUCUUAUAGCCACACCUCUCUCCAAUGUGCCACCUCCUCCUCAAGUCACGCCUCCUCCUACAGCCGCACCUCCUCCUACACCGGCCUCUCCCAAGAAAAGACCAUGCAAACAAACAACCAUUUACCUCCAGAUGUAUUGCAGAUAGGGUGUGUCCUCUUCCCAACAUUUGCAUCUUUUAUUUUUUUUCUCCCCCUUCCCACAUUGUCUAUAAAUAACUCAGAAACGGCUUGUACACUGCUGCCUAUCAACUCCAGCGGUCAGAACUGGGAUCCUCAAAGUCCCAGUUUCACUUUUGAUUUCAGUGGAAGCUUCCCAAAGAGGAAGUAAAACUCAGUGAAACCUGCUGCUCCUCCUAAAACUGAAAACUGACCUACAGAAGCAGCUGAAGAAUGUUUGUACAAGUGUCUUUGAGUUGCUUAAUAAAACACCUACCUUCAUACAAUGUGUAUGUGUUUCUCAAAACCUGGACAAACUCAACAUUUUAACAUGUUGCACAUGAGAAAACUGUCCAUGUAAGACAAAUAUUUUAUUGACAAUGCCACACAGCAAACCUUCACUAAACCAGCCUGUAAGAGAGGAUGGGGAAAAAUGGGAACCACACAAACUCUGUUCACUGACGAUACAAUUCUAUUUUAAGUUUAAACAUCAGAUUUCCUUCUGAUCCAGUGUAGCGCUGAAUGCUAUAUUAUGAUUCUCUGGCGAAGGAAAGAUGACCAAACACCACCAUGUUUUGUUUCUUCAAUGGGACAAAGCAUGAGGGUAGAGGAAGGUAAAAAUAUUAGACUGAAGAGAAACAUCUUGCUGUUGACUGAGACGGUCAGUGUUGAAGCAAGGCAUUAAAUUUAGUGCCAUGGCUCAGUGUAGGCUAUUCUGCACGGUAGUUUACUAAAGGCACAAGACAGAAAAGCUAUGUACAGAAAACACAAACUUAAAGAUUAGGUUGGUCUACCAAAACAAAUCUAAAGUAAUGUGCACACAGCUACACUGUAAUCUGUAAGGAGUCUGUUUAGGCGCUGAUGGUGUCUGACAU